CAACAAUAGCUUUGGGUGUUUCAGUUCUCCGCUAUUGUUUCCCACCGUGCCUUGCUGCGGAACCGCUCAGAGGAGACCGUGAGCUGUUCAAGAUGGCAGACGUACUGGAUCUUCAUGAGGCCGGAGGCGAAGAUUUCGCCAUGGACGAGGAUGGGGACGAGAGCAUUCACAAACUGAAGGAGAAGGCCAAGAAACGCAAGGGCCGCGGCUUUGGCUCAGAGGAAGGCUCCCGAGCCCGAAUGCGAGAGGAUUAUGACAGCGUGGAGCAGGACGGAGAUGAGCCCGGACCACAGCGCUCUGUGGAGGGUUGGAUUCUUUUUGUGACUGGGGUUCAUGAGGAGGCUACCGAAGAAGAUAUACAUGACAAAUUUGCAGAGUAUGGGGAAAUCAAGAAUAUUCACCUCAACCUGGACAGGCGAACAGGAUACCUCAAAGGUUAUACUCUAGUUGAAUAUGAAACAUACAAGGAGGCUCAGGCUGCCAUGGAGGGGCUCAAUGGCCAGGAUAUGAUGGGGCAGCCAAUAAGUGUGGACUGGUGUUUUGUUCGGGGGCCACCCAAAGGCAAAAGGAGAGGUGGCCGAAGACGGAGCAGGAGUCCAGAUCGGAGACGUCGCUGACUGAUUCAUUGCUCCGAUUACACUCUCCAGUGGAUCAGUUUGCCUACAUCCAGCCUUGGAGGAAAGGGGCUGGGAUGGGACUCUGAUUUAAUCUCCCGCCUCCAUAAGUGUUCCUUUUGAGUUGUGAAUAAACAGUUUAGUUUUCUUUUCUACAUCUGAGAGAAUCAAAAACAACAGGUAAAAAGCCAGAGAAGCCAUCCAGGCUUUUUCUGAGUCUUUAAGUAGUGACAACCCAUUCCACUUUCAACUAAGGGAGUAAAAUGUAUUAUAAUAUUAAGGGAAGUAUCAAGGGUGUUCUAAAUAUUGAAUUGCUGAAGCCUAGGAUGUUCUUAUUCUUUCCCUUAUUAGAGGUAGAAGAAAAAUCUUCACCAGGUGACUCACGUGCCAUCCAUAUUUUGUCCGUUUGGCUUGGGUAGGUAAUGAGGAGUGGGAGUGGCUACAGGGACAAGGUAGGGAUUCUGAAAAAAAAUAGUUAUUCUUUAUUACUUUGUAUUUGGAAGCCUGGGGCUAUAGUUAACAAAUGGAUCUCAGCAAGAGUUAUAGAGUUGUCUCCUCCAUUUCUCCUGCCUUCCCAUUACCCUCUGUGUUCACUUCCAGCUGGCUAGGUGGCUGAACCACUUGUUGAGGGACUCUCCAAGAGUCCAUUUGCCCCCUGGAAGAAUCUGAACCAAGUCCCUGGUGCCCUUUUUUACAGCCAAGAGUAAAGGCCCCAUAGAGUAAGGGGUCCAGGGGAGCAUUGAGGAGACCAAAGAGGAACAGAAUGUGGCUGAGACUGGGAGGGACAUUGCUUAGCAUGCUGGGAGAGAACCAGUACCAUAGGCCCAGCAGGUAGUAGGGUGUCCAACAGAUAACGAAGGUCAGCAGAACAAGUAGGGCUAGUCGAAGGGCCCGAAGCCGCACACGGGGGCGAUUGUCAAAGGAACGACGAAGAGCGAACUGACCAGCAGUGGCUGGGGAGUCAGAGAUGAAUAAUUGUCAAUUCUUCCCUUUCUAGGCACUAGGUAGGCAUAAGACAAGCUGAUGGAAAGAGGGAAAUGGAUAGAUGUAUAUUGCAGUUCUUUUUCAAGCUUAUAGAUGACUAUAUUAUCCUUGUACACAUGCACAAACAUACACCUCACUGAGGGUAUGAAUUGCCCUUCCAGAUGGGAUUUAGGGAGGAGGCAUGCUGGGUGAAGGACUGCAGGCCAGAGUAUGGGGUACUGCCUUAGAAUAAAAAGUUAACCAGCCUGACUCCAUUCCAACCAUUACCCAUAGCCAAGGGAGAAGGUGGUAGGUAAUGCAACCACCUGCUGAAACAACCGUGCGGAGCAGGGGUUUUUCAAGGAUGGCCAGAUAAAAUUUGGAUUCUUACUGAUUUCCCCCAUAUCAAUGGGCUGGAGUUAAGGAGUGCUCUUGUGAUUGGCAUCUCACUGCAGGCUAAAGACUAGGAGAUUGGGACUGAAGCCAUGGAUUGGGCAAUGAGAAUCAGGAUCUAGGAAUUGGAGUCUCACCAUGCUCCCCCUUCCCUGUUCGGUGUCUGGACACACUGAAUACAAUUCGGCCAUAGCAGAUUGCCAUGGCUGUCAGAGGUAUCAGGAAGAGCCCACAGAAGGUGAAGAGGUUAUAGGCGAUUUCUUGCCAUCGGGCCUUGAAGCUUCCUUUGGUGACACACUGAAUGAAGGGGACUGGGCCAGCACGGCGGACAGUAUGAAACAGGAACAGCUGGAGUGGGGUGGAGUAUAAAACAAAGACUUCCACCUUCUUAUGGCAUAAUAUUCCCCACCACUACCCCCCAUCCCUCUGCUGUCUUACCCCUACAACAUAAGGAUGUUAAUAGGGCAAUAUUGUGUUUUGCAUAAUACAUGUCUAACCCAGAUCAAAUUGCUUAUUUCUGGGAAGGGAAGGAGGGAGACAAUUUGGAUCAUAUAAUUUCAGAAAACUUAUGUAGACAAUUAUUACAUGUAAUUGGUAAAAUAAAAUAUCUAUCAAAAGGUAUUGGUUAGGGCAAUAGUAUAUCUGUGAUGCCAACCAAAAAAUUAUAGAUGGAAGCAUAAACAUCCAUUUAAAGGCUUUCAUGUAUCUACAAAUUUAGCUGAAUUGUUUUAACAUGACCACACGAGGAGAGGUUUUUUUUCUAAGUUAUUUGAUAAGCCAACAACCCAUGGUGCUACUAUUUUUGCUAUGUGUGGACAAUUUGAAUUGUUUGAAAAAUAUAGUAUGAUGGAUGCUGUCAGAAACCCACUAAGCAGUCUAUUCUACAAGAUGUCUUGAGGAAGAGCUUGUGUAUCAUAACUAGUGAAAGUAUUAAUAAAAAUCAACAUUUUCUUUAA